AGAGGGAGGAGAGAACCGGGGCUCGCAUCAAGCCUUCGAGAGCAGCGGUCGCGGAGAAGGCGGCAGCAUCGGCGGCUGGCGGGAGCAGCGGCAACGGCACAUUCUUGGGGCCAACCAGGCGCGCAUCCCGGUCACCCAGCGGAGCGGAGAUCUCGGCGGUCCGCAAGAACAGCAGGACAGGAGUGGACAAAGCAAGAUGGCAGGGAUCUUAGCCUGGUUCUGGAACGAGAGGUUUUGGCUACCGCACAAUGUCACCUGGGCAGACCUAAAGAACACGGAGGAAGCCACCUUCCCACAGGCUGAGGACCUCUACCUCGCCUUCCCCGUGGCCUUCUGCAUCUUCAUGGUGCGGCUCCUUUUCGAGAGAUUUAUAGCCAAACCUUGUGCUAUAGCCCUCAACAUCCAGGCCAGUGGACCACAGAUUGCUCAGCCCAAUGCCAUUCUGGAAAAGGUCUUCAGUGCAAUUACAAAGCAUCCAGAUGAAAAGAGAUUGGAAGGCCUCUCCAAGCAGCUGGACUGGGAUGUUCGCAGUAUUCAGUGUUGGUUUCGACAAAGACGCAACCAGGAGAAGCCCAGCACACUGGCGAAGUUCUGUGAGAGCAUGUGGAAAUUUUCAUUUAGCCUUUAUGUAUUUACCUACGGAGUCCGGUUCCUAAAAAAGACUCCCUGGUUGUGGAACACAAGGCACUGCUGGUACAACUACCCCUAUCAGCCACUCACAACUGACCUUCACUACUACUACAUCUUGCAGCUGUCAUUCUACUGGUCUUUAAUGUUUUCCCAGUUCAUUGACAUCAAAAGAAAGGACUUUGGGGUUAUGUUCCUGCACCACGUUGUAGCUAUUUUCUUGAUAAGCAUUUCAUAUGUCAACAAUAUGACUCGAGCAGGGGCGCUGAUCCUCUGUCUUCAUGAUUCAGCUGAUGUUUUUCUACAGGCUGCUAAAAUGGCAAAUUACGCCAAGUUUCAGAAAAUGUGUGAUCUCCUAUUUGUUAUGUUUGCCAUGGUUUUUUUAACAACGCGGCUUGCUGUAAACCCUCUCUGGAUGUUAAAUAGUACAUUCUUUGAAAGUUGGGAGAUUGUUGGACCUUUCCCUUCCUGGUGGGUUUUUAACAUGAUGCUGUUGCUAAUACAAGGCAUGAGCUGCUUCUGGUCUUACGUGAUCAUAAAAAUAGCAUGCAAAGCUAUUUCAAAAGGCAAGGUGUCCAGGGAUGAACGAAGUGAUGUCGAGUCCAGCUCAGAUGAGGAGGACUCAGAACCUCCAGGGAAGAACCCCCACACUGCAACAACCACCAAUGGGACCAGUGGGACCAACGGGUACCUCCUGACUGGCCCUUGCACCAUGGAUGAUUAAUUACUCAAAACUACACAAGUCUUGAACAAAGUGAACUAUUUGUUCCUGGAAGUAAUUAAUAAGUUGCAGAUGCAGUUCCUUUCAUAAUAUCUCAACACCAGAAAUAAAAUUUAGGAUUAUCAAAGCAUUUUGAUAGUGCACUGCCAUAUGUCCUGUCUGUGAAACCAUUCUUUUUAUGUAGGCAUGCUGUCUGUGAUUGACACAAGGGAACAGUAUUUGCAUUUGUACUGUCUUAGAAUAUUAUUUUUAUUUUGUAAAUCUGUAGACUAAAGGGGAUUUCCUCAAUCCUUUUACUCUCUGGGUUUUUGACAGUAGGAGAAAGGCUCAUCUGCAUCAACCCCUUUCUACUACUGUAGUCCAGUCUACUAUGAUCAGCAGAAUAAUAUGUCACUCAGAGCAAGUAAAACCCAGAGAAGCUUCUCAUACAGCUCCAAAUAGGUUUGCUUUCUUUGGUACAGGGCCCAGUUUCUGAAAUAGCCUAAACAGUCUCAUUGUCCAUUCUCCCAGUGUAAAGUUUAAAUAGGAAAACUGAGUGUUUCAAGUGAUCACUCCAUGGGGUCAAUUAGCAAUUCAAAUUAAAGAGCAUGGUGAUUG